AUGUUGAGGGAGUGUAACCGCUUUGCCGAUUACGAUAUUGAUCUUAACAUCACAAAGUCAAUCUGUAAACCUUAUCUUGCUGCUCGCAAGGCUAUAGAGACGACCCAUGUUAUAAGUGAUGUGGAUAAUGCGCUCUGUCGCAAGGACUCAUGGGACGACGACACCAAGGACCGCUUCGCUAGUCUGGGCCUCUCGAGGAUGCUUCCUCGAGGAUGGGGACGAAGCCCAGGUAAUCUGUUAGAGUCGUUCGCAUGGAGAGCACAACAUGCAGACGGUCAACGGAGCACGAGAGUGAUGGUGGUAGUGAUAGGUCCGCCUGUAACUCGUUCGCGCACUCUGUCUUCUGAUUCUAGGGCUGUUGCCCCGAUGUCGAGUUCAGAUUCUAGGGCUGUUGCCCCGAUUUCAAGUUUAGAGUCUAGGGCUCUUGCCCCGAUACACAGAUCAAUUUCUAUGACGAGCGCCACUGGGCGGCUCGUUCGUACCAUGCAGGAAAUAAACGAUGGCGACAACGCACGUGGGAGAGAUGCGAAAACACAGCGGGAUGCUGCUGCCUUGACAACUACGGAAGUAUGGAACGACGCCAGGUCAGCAAUCACUUCGUUAACAAGGAAAGUGGACGAAGGUACUCCUACCUUGCUUCAUGAUAUAGAUGGUUCAGGCGACGACACAGUUUUCGCUGUGGCUUCGCCGUCUGGAAGACGUGAUGCGGCUGCGGUUGCGACGUCCCAACAAAAGACAGAUUUCCUUAUCUGCUAUUUGGAUGGGGUAGCGCGUGAGAAGGUAGAGGAGUUGAGUCAGCAGAAACGCUGCUACUACAACGCAAUUGUAGCGCAUCUAAAGCAGGCAUUUGAAGACCCGCAACAUCGCUACAUUUCGAGGCAGGCGCUGUCUGCUUGCCAACAUCAGACUGGGGAGUCAUCAGCGACGUUUGCUAAUCGUCUGCUGAACCUGUUGGGUCCUGACAUUCGCUACUACAUCAAGUUAGACAACCCUUUGACGUUCGAGCAAGCAGUAGCGAAGACCCAAAUGGUCGAGCAACUGUUAGCCGAGGCCACAGCUGACCGCUUGAUCAACCCAGUUGGCGCCGCACGCACCAUAGAGGUAAAGGCGGUGGCAGCUGAACCGCCGUGGACGAACUUUGGAGAACGUAGGUAUGUGCGCAGAAGUUUGUCUCGCACGAACCGACCACGAUUCUUUCAGCAGUCAGCACCAGCAAGGAAUCAGGAUGUUUUCCGCCAGCAUGGUAUUCCCGACCGUCGACCUAUCCCUAGUCGCUCGAACUGUUUCAACUGUGGAGGACUUGGUCAUCACGCUCGACAGUGUCCAUCGCUAUCAGUUCAGUUGCCAGCUUCAGGUAGGCGUCAGUCUAGCCUUCGUGGUUCCUUGGCGUUUUAUGAUUGCCAGCGACUUUUUUCUUCCUUUGUUAAUGCUGUAUAUCCCGAUUCUGACUCUCUUUCUCAAGAACUUUCGCAGGCCCGCGAACAAAUUAACGCGCUUUCUAUAUCUUUGCGGAAUUCGCAAUCCGCUUGUGAGCAAUCUGAGGUGCGAAUCUCAGCACUCAUGAAACGGAAUGAAGAGCUAGCAAGCUCUGCUUUUAGUCAACCUUCUCAGUCUUCUCUACGAUCUCCUCAUAAUUUACCAGACGUUCGUUUAUUACUUGCUUGUUCGUUGGUUCUUUCCUUGUGUACUUCUACCGAUGCUGUUUGUGUUAAUUCGCCUUUUUCGGUUCCUGGCACUUUCAACGUCAUUAAUCUUGUUACUAUGUGCUACGAUCGUGUCCCCGCUGGAUUUCGCCUGGGUGUUUCGCUUGCCAUCGUCCUUUUAGGAGCCAUUCCUGUGGUCAAUGGGUUAGUAGUAAUUGUAAGCCGCAUUUUCUUGAGGGUAAUCGCGGCAUGGCUGCGACAACGCACCUCUGUCCCGGUAGAAGUCUUGGCUAUUGCCAGUAGAGACCAGUUCUUUGUGGCACAAAUUCCAGUUAUAGUCAAUGGGGUCCUCAUCCUAGCAUUAAUAGAUACUGGCGCCGCUGUUACUAUAACUUCUAGGGAUACGGCGCCUUUACUGGGGGUGUUUGCGAUGGGGGUCAGCGACAUACCGUGCGCAAUAGGCAUGACAGGUGUGCCUGUUAAGCUUAGUGGUCGCGCUGAUCUCCGAUUUGAGGUUGGUACGCUCACCCUGUACUAG